AGGUGGACAAAAGGCGUCGGUUUGUAGGUGAAAAAAAAACUUCCUCUUUUCUCCUGUGAGUGGACGGUUGAUUUUUAUUCUCUCUUCUCUCUCUCGCAAAAAGGACUCUGUUUUUGUGUGGAGAGGAGAGCAACUCUCCUUUCCCUUUGUUUGUAUCUCACCUUUUGUUUGUCUCUGAAUUUUCUUUUUCCCUCUCUCUCUCUCUCUUGCCUGUUUGGUUUGUUGCAUUUGAUCAAGGGAGAGUGGUGGGAGCUCGGAAUCAAUGGAAAUUCCGGCGAAAUUCGUUAUCUUCACGCGCUGCUAAUGGAUGAAUCGUCAUCGCCAUGGAUAUUUCUAUGUCCGAAGGACCUCCCUCUUUGUCACCGUCUCUCCGCCAAGACUCUUUAUGGCAAAUGAAUUUGAGAUCAAUGGAAUCAAUGGAGUCUGGACCUUAUCCUGUCCGUGAAGGUGAACCAGAUUGUUCUUAUUACAUCAGAACUGGUCUCUGCAGAUUUGGAUCAACUUGCCGAUUCAACCAUCCACCUAAUAGGAAACUGUAUUUGAUGUAGGCCCUUGCCGCAGCAAGUAUGAACGGAGAAUAUCCAGAAAGAAUAGGACAACUAGAAUGCCAGUACUACUUGAAGACUGGAACUUGCAAGUUUGGAGCGACAUGCAAGUUUCACCAUCCUAGAGACAAGGCUGGAAUUGCUGGAAGAGUUACCCUAAAUGUCUUGGGCUAUCCACUUCGCCCGAAUGAGAAUGAAUGUACAUAUUACAUGAGAACUGCACAAUGCAAGUUUGGAAGUACUUGUAAAUUUCAUCAUCCCGAACCUUCUAACAUGAUGGUCUCUUCACGUGGUUCUCCUGUUUAUCCUCCCGGUCCUUCUCCUACAACUCCUGGUCAGAUGUCCUAUCCCUUGUCCAGAGCUUCUUUUAUUUCUGGUGCACGCUGGCAAGGUUCUUCAAGUUAUGCUCCACUGCCAGUGCUUCAGGGAGUGGUAUCUUUUCCAGGAUUUACAUACAAUGGUCAGCUCGGCGCAGUUUCAUCCGCUGAGGACCAGCAACAGACAGCAGGAAACAACCAGGUUUAUGGGAGUUCACGUUCAAGUGAUAAAGCAACCAUGGGAUCAGAAGGAAUGAAUUCCUCAUAUCGUGCCAGUUCUUUACCUGUGGGGUAUUAUGCAUUGGAGGGAGAAAAUGUUUUCCCUGAACGACUGGGCCAGCCUGAAUGCCAGUUUUACAUGAAGACCGGAGACUGUAAGUUUGGUGCUGUUUGUAGAUUCCAUCAUCCAAGGGAAAGGCUCCUUCCUCCUCCUGAUUGUCUGUUGAGUCCUAUUGGUCUCCCUCUGCGCCCUGGAGAACCAAUGUGUAUUUUCUAUUCCCGAUAUGGGAUCUGCAAAUUUGGACCGAGUUGCAAGUUUGACCACCCAAUGCGGGUUUUCACUUAUAAUAUCUCAGCUUCAUCUUCUACUGAUGAUCCUUCUGUUCGGCGUCUGUUGGGUUCAUCGUCAGGAACUGGUGCGUUGACUUUGACUUCAGAAGGGAUUGUUGAAGCAGCCUCCACAACACCCAGGCGAUUAUCAUUAUCAGAAACAAGAAAGAUGCCACCUGGUGAUAAUAACUUUGACAGAGAGGGAUGAUUUUGUCCUGAACUACCAGCCAGCAUCCUCAUUUCUAUAAUUACUACCUUUUUGAAAAUCAAUAACAGUUGCCUGUAGAUUUAUUUUCAUUGUUGGAUAUGUACAGCAUCCUUCAAAGUCAUUUUGUUCUUCUGAAUAUGCAUUUCAGUUGACAAGGUUGACUUGUCACUUUGUAAUAUGUUAAGUCUGCAAACAAUUGGUGAAUUAACUGUUUAUUUAUCAUCUCCCAAGAACCCUCUGCCUUGUUUAUCAGAAACAAUUUAACCUCCAAAUCUCCUGUAUGAAGCAAUGUUUUCUUUGAAGGUUUGCAUCUAUCUCUCUGGUAGACGUGCUGAUAGUCGGUAAAUGGAGGCCAUGAUCUUGAUGCUUGCUCAUUUGCCUCGUAGUUGCUUUGCACAUAUGUUGGUUAUUCAUUCUCUAGUGUUUUAAAGCAAUUCUAUAUGUCUUUGUAAUUAAUUACUAUCCAUUUGCAGAUUUCUGAUAAUUUAUUUGCUGUCUCUCUCUCUCUGCAGAUGUACUAGUAUUGCAGGUUUGUCGCAAGGCAAAUUCUGGUGACUGCAGAACAUAAUUCUGUGAAAUUAAGGGCUCUUGUGUUCUCCUCAGGUUCAGUGUUAUCUGGUGCAUAACAUUAAAUGCAUGGAGCUGGGAUUAUUAGAAUAUUCCUACUUAAACAAAGACAUGGUAUGUAGGGAGGUAAGACUGUAUGCAUCAGAGACACAAUAUCUCUUUUCCCGAUAUGCGGAAGCUUGUUUCACAGUCCGCUAUGACUUGAUAGUAGUGAAGUAAGCAACGAGUAAAGACAUUUAUUCAGCAGCCAUUCACAUUAGGAAAACUGUUCAGGAUGGUAAAGAGUGGAAGUAUUCUAGAAAGAUCAUACAAGUUCAGUUUCUAUAACUAUGAAGAUGGAUUUCCCUUUCUUAGGGUGCAAGAUUACUACAAUUGUCAGCCAAGAGGCUCUGCAAAAUUACUCCAAAGAACUGUUCGAGGUUCUGUUAGUGCUGCUUGUGUUGCAAACCAAAGAGCUCAAGCAGCUGAUGUUGGUGAUCAAAGUGCGCAAUCCACUGACACUCUUAUUGCUAAGAGCAACAUAAGCCUCAGGUCAGAUGUGAAGUACAGCAACUUCAGCAAUUGUGCUAAGAGUCCUUAUGUUCAAAUGACUUUUAGCUGAACUUGGGAUAGGUAUUUAUGUUACCUAUCAAACAAAAGAAUAAACAACGAAAAGAAAAGAAAAGAUAGGAAAAGAAAUUUGUGUUUUCUUUUUUUUAGAAAAGAAAAGAGAAGAGAAGACAAUGUAUUUUUGUGCUCAUUUGUCAAGCUCGAUAGGCUAGAUUGAGUAUAUAUAUAUGGAACAGUUGGUGUUGGCCAUGUAAUGAGGAAGUUAUACAUUUACUUGUUCCAGGGUACGAACCUUAGUAUUGAUUCUCUCUUAAUUCGUCUGUGAAGUUAGAUUAUGGAUGUAAUUGCAUAAGAAUUUCAAUGUAAUGCAGAUACUAUAAUACGGUGCUUAAUAUUGACUGGACUA